AUAUCCGCCGGCUUUAACUGUCGCGUGUCGACACCGAAUUACUCAUCUCCCUCUCUCUCCUCUCUCCUGUCUCUCUCUCUCUGUAGCGUCGCGUGGUCUGCCGUCGAGCUCCCUCCGCAAUGGCGAGCAGCAAUCUCCCCCGGCGGAUCAUAAAGGAAACUCAGCGUCUCCUCAGCGAACCGGCUCCUGGCAUUAGUGCUUCACCUUCAGAGGACAAUAUGCGGUAUUUUAACGUGAUGAUUCUUGGCCCUACGCAAUCUCCUUAUGAAGGAGGAGUUUUCAAAUUAGAGUUGUUUUUGCCUGAAGAAUAUCCUAUGGCUGCUCCUAAGGUUAGGUUUCUCACAAAAAUAUACCAUCCCAACAUUGACAAGCUUGGUAGGAUAUGCCUUGACAUCCUGAAAGACAAGUGGAGUCCCGCACUACAGAUUCGAACUGUACUUCUUAGCAUUCAAGCACUUUUGAGUGCUCCAAACCCCGACGAUCCGCUUUCUGAGAAUAUCGCUAAGCAUUGGAAGACAAAUGAGGCUGAAGCUGUGGAAACAGCAAAGGAAUGGACCAGAUUGUAUGCUAGUGGUGCGUGAUGAAGCGGAGGAAAAACUUACCUCAAUUGAAAUGAUUUUCACCUGGUGUGAUCUUACUUACUGUGGACUUCUGAUGGAAAUGGGAAGAAAUGCUAUGCCCUUUGAUAUUGGAUAUUCUUGUAUAUUCAUACGCAGAAUUAACUUUGUUAAUUUCUGUGUGCCCUGCUCCUUUUGUUGGAUAAUUGCAGCUUUAUCUUUCUUUUUAAGUAUCUUAUCGGUGGAUUAGACUGAAAAUUAGGUCGUUAUCCUUUUGGAAGAUCACAUAGAUGUCUUUUUAUUUUCUGAAAACAAAAACUUGAUUUGUAUACUUUCAGCUUCUAGUAGUGGUCGAUCCGUCUCAGACUUUCGAACA